CUUGCAAAGCUCUGUACACCUGUCGCUCGGGCGAGCUGCCGCACCCUCCCAGUUUUCUGUGCUUGGAUACUGUAUUAGACGGCGCACUGGAAAACAUGCUGUUUUGGCACUCGCAACCUGAAAAUUACCAUCAGCAUUCAACGUCCAGCUAUCUUCGCGAAGCGCUGGCACCUUUCUUCAAGCACGAGGAUGCACAGCCCUCAAACGAAAAUAAUACAAAAAUGCCGCCUUUUCAGUAUGUUCUAUGUGCGGCUACGUCCCCAGCUGUUAAAACCCACGAAGAAACCCUCACUUACCUAAACCAAGGUCAGUCCUACGAAAUCCGUAUGCUUAACAGAAAACUAGUGGAGUAUACAGAUAUAAGCAGCAAAUGUGUAAAGAGCAUUGUGCGAGUGGUAUUUCAUGACCGGCGCCUGCAGUACACUGAACACCAACAGCUGGAGGGGUGGCGAUGGAGCAGACCUGGAGACAGGAUCCUAGAUAUCGAUAUCCCUCUCUCAGUGGGAGUCCUGGAGCCCCGGGCACACCCACUGCAACUCAAUACCAUCGAGUUCCUCUGGGAUCCUGUCAAGAAUGCCUCCGUUUUCAUCCAGGUCCACUGCAUCAGCACGGAGUUCACUCCCCGCAAACACGGAGGGGAGAAAGGGGUGCCGUUCCGCAUUCAGAUUGACACCUUCGGCCAGAACGAGAACGGAGAGUACCUGGAGCACAUCCACUCCUCCAGCUGCCAGGUCAAAGUCUUCAAGCCCAAAGGAGCUGACCGUAAGCUGAAAACUGACAGGGAAAAGAUUGAGAAACGCAGUGUUCAAGACCGGGAGAAAUACCAGCCUUCCUAUGAAACCACCAUGCUCACAGAGUGUUCGCCCUGGCCUGAUACCCCCGCUGUCAACAGCACAAGCAGCACUCCCUCCCCUGUCUACCACAACUCCCCCUCCUCCUACAGCAUUACUGACGGAAACUGCUCUCCAAACCAGCAGGGAGAGCUGUUCCUGCCCAGCUGCUCUGAUCACCUCCUCCCAACGUCCAACCCCCAAGACACACAGCAGUGGCUGCACCGCCAUAGGUUCUCUCCUUUCUGUAGGCUCUUCUCCAGCUUCUCAGGAGCUGACCUUCUGAAGAUGUCCAAAGAGGACUUCGUCCAGAUAUGUGGCCCUGCUGAUGGGAUUCGCCUGUUCAAUGCUAUCAAAGGAAGGUGCAUCCAGCCACGCCUCACUGUUUAUGUGAGUCAGCAGCAGACUAGGAAUGAGCAGCAGAUCAAACCAUCGAAUGGAGAAGUGUACCAUGCCCUCUACCUGGAAGAGCUGACAGUUAUGGAGCUGACAGAGAAGAUCGCCAACCUGUUUAGAAUCCCACCCCAGCAGGUCAGCCGGGUCUACAGACAAGGCCCCACCGGCAUCCACGUGCUGGUCUCUGACGAGAUGGUGCGGAACUUUCCCGAGGAGACCUCCUUUGUCAUCAGUUCAUUAAAAGAUGAAAACAGUGAUGGCUACAAUAUUGUCCUGAAGUGACCAGUGAGAGCAACUAGUGGAGAAGAUGGACAGACGGACAAGAGCACUAGUUAUUUCGCUGGAACUCUCAGUUUACGGAAAAUAAACAUUUUUUUCUUUUUGUUUUGUAUUUUUAUAUUAAGUUAUUGAUUGACUUUUGAUGAGAUGUAUAAUUGUUUGUACAAAACUGCAUUUUUAAAUAUUGCUUUGUAAAAAUGGACCUGAUAUGAAACCAUACCAAAAUCACUGUAAAGCCAAAGCUAAUCGUCAAGUCCAUUUGACGGCUUGUGCAGUUCUCGGAAUCUGCCUUAACAUGAAAUCUAUAAUCUACAAAACACUUGCAUCACUGCAGAGCUUGAUUCAUUUUUUUUGUGGUUUUGAAAGUUGAUGGUUAAGUUCUGAGAAUUGUACUGAACACCCAUAAAGCACGCCACGGUACCUGUUACAUUAAUGACAACCGUUCAUUUGUUGGGAAACAUGCAAUGCAUGUGCGGCCAGAAACAUUGGGAAACUUGCCAUAGAUUCGUAGAAUUUUCCUUCUAGGAAGAGCAUACCUGUCUGUUGACAGGGUGCCAUGUUUUGUCUCUAGGCCUGUUCUACAAACACAUAAACCACACCCAUACUGUUUAAAGCCAGUACCUCUAAUAAGAAGGUAGGACUUUUAUGUUCUUCGAAGGGGAAAAAAGUACAACAAACCAUUUAAUAUCUUCCAAGAGAAUCAUAUAUAUUAUUCCUUGAACUUGAGGGCAAUCGAUACAAUGUUACAAUGAUAGUGUAUAUAUGUUGUACAUAUUUUUUGACGUUUUAAUGGUUAAAGGUCCAUAUGUUGUAUAUUUAAAUCCAACAAAAUCAUAGAAAAUAUGUUGGCAACUCCAAGUGCAGACACUACAAAACUUCAAAGCUAAUGAACAAAUUGAUGAUGAUAAAGGGCAAAGUGUGUGCAGUACAACUGAAAAUGAGAUGGAAGAUGUGUGUAUGUAUGUGUAAGCACAACGGUGUGUCAUUCUUCCCAGUCUUAUUUUUCAUCUUUUUGUGCAAGAAUAUGUUGAUAUAAAUAAAUCAAACUGCCAGUUUUCUUAGUUUAAGGCUAUACAAACUAAAAAUAUAUAUUAUUUCUCUAACAUGUUUGCAAAACACAGUAAUAGACUAUAGUACCACACUUUGUGUUUUUCAUUUCUGUUCUUUGCUGUUGUUUAAGAGUUAAUAUCUGUUAUUUUCUCUGACUGUGGUAUUGAUUGUUAAAUGUUGAAGAAUCUUUGGAGUUUACUGAAUAACAGCAGAUAAGUGGCUUUGAAAACCUGGGUAUCAUCUUACCCAAAAUAAAGCAUUUUGCACUGGCUUGAGGUUUCUUUUUAAUCAUGUUCGGUAUUUUACACAUCCUGCUUGUACAAAUCCAGUAA